CAGUCUGUAUUAGGUCGACGUGUAUGUUCGCUCAGUCGGCGCAGAUACUAAAUGAACAUCUCUUAUACGGAUAUCCAUAAAAUAUUGAGUUGGAGACAUGGCUGGAGAAAUGUCCAUAAUAGGUUCUGUCAUCCUGGCAUUGUUCCUGGCAGGAUAUCUGGGACAACAGUACCUGCCCCCUCCAAAGCCCAGGGUGAUUGGGUUGGAUCUUGGGACCACGUUCUGCUCUGUGGGAGUAUUUCAGCCUGGCACAGGCGAGAUUGAGGUUAUUGGAGACGACAAAGGUCGCAAAAGCAUUCCGAGUGUAGUGUCAUUCACCCCCACCGGUGUGUUUUCUGGACAUGAGGGUCAGGAAUUAUCAGACAUAAAUCCUCAAAACACAAUCUAUGAUGCUAAGAGAUUUAUAGGGAAGAUUUUCGACCAAGAGACUUUACAGAAAGAGAGCGCACGGUACCCAUUCAAGGUGACAUACAACAACGGGAGUGCUGAAUUUUUAGUCUCUACAAAUAGCACCUUCACAGUUACUCCUGAAUUCAUUGGAUCCCGUCUCCUGCUGAAAAUGAAAAAGAUGGCAGAGAAGCAACUGGGAAUACCUAUCGAGAAAGCCGUCAUAUCAGUGCCAGCAGAGUUUGAUGAAAGGCAAAGAAACUACACUAUAAGGGCUGCUAACCUAGCUGGACUGGACAUCCUGCGGGUGAUCAAUGAGCCUACGGCAGCGGCGAUGGCUUACGGACUGCAUAAAGCAGAAGUGUUUAAUGUGCUGGUGGUGGAUCUGGGAGGAGGAACACUGGAUGUGUCACUUCUCAAUAAGCAGGGUGGCAUGUUCCUUACCAGAGCAAUGGCAGGUAAUAACAAGCUAGGAGGGCAGGACUUCACCCAGCGUUUGCUGCAGUACACCAUCGAGCGAGUGCAGCAGCAGUACGGCGUGCCUCCUACUCUAAAAGAAGACAUCCACCUUCUCCGACAGGCUGUGGAGGCCGCCAAGAUCAACCUCACUCAGGAGCCUCACAUUCACCUCCGAGUUCCUCUUCACCUGCAGACAACGGGAGUGAGCGGAGCACAGGAGGAAAAAAUCCUGUUUGAGGAGAAGCUGACGCGGGAGCUCUUUGAUGAGCUGAAUGCGGAUCUCUUCCAGAAGAUUCUGGCACCCAUUGAGACUGUCCUCAUAGAGGGCCAUCUAGAAAAAGGGGAAGUCGAUGAAAUCGUCCUGGUCGGAGGGUCUACGAGAAUCCCUCGCAUCAGACAGCUCAUUAGUCAGUACUUUGGGAAGGAACCAAACACCUCAGUAGACCCUGACCUGGCCGUGGUGACCGGGGUAGCCAUUCAAGCAGGCAUCAUGGGCGGCUCUUGGCCUCUCCAAGUCAGCGCAAUUGAAAUUCCCAACAGGCAUCUUCGCAAGACUAACUUCAGCUGAUUGGUUGAGAAGACUGGUUAAGAAACUGCUACUUGGGCAUUUGUCACGUGACUGCUGUGUGCCAACAAACCAAAAACCGGUUAAACAAUGUUUUAUGUUUUUGCUUCCUUAAACACAUUAGUUUUGCAAUGAAUUCCUGUUAGCAGGCCAAACACAAUGGUUACUGGAGCAUUUGUGCUUAACGUCUGGACUUGUUGGCCCAAAUUACCGUUUAUACAUUUAUCUUCAGAAAAGAUGCAGAGUAUUUAUUUAGUUUUCUGUUAUAUAAAUAGCGUUUUAUUCUGAGCAAGUGUCUGCUUGGGACCAUAUCGUUUAGUUUAUUGCCAUCUGUGUGCCUAACUGGUACUAACUGUGCAAUAAGUCUCUGACAACUGGUUUUGGCAGGUUAAAUGAUGUUGUAUUCAGGGAAGCAGCUGUUUGUAUAUAACUGAAUAAUCAUUCCAAUCUCA